ACCUGUGGCGGACAGGUAGAAGGUACUCAGAGGGACUUGGCUCUCCUCUUAGUGUGCUCCACUUCUCUGCCAAACCUUUCUCUGUGUCUGCUCCCACUUCUCUCCCUACUUCUCAGAAGAAUCUAGACCAGCCAUGUCGGUCAAAUCAUACUCGAAAACUACCAGGACCAGCUAUAGUGGAGGUGGAGGUAGCUUUGGCGGUGGCCGAUCUUUUACCUCAAGAUCUGCCAUUACAUCAAACAGACCAUCUUUCUCAGUGUCCUCACUCAGCGCUUCUGGCUCAGGACUGAGGUCAAGCAUGGGUGGUGGUGGCGGCGGAUAUGGUGGUGGUUCUGGCUUUGGUGGUGGUGCCAGCUUUGGUGGUGGUGGUUCUGGCUUUGGCGGUGGUGCCGGUUUUAGCGGUGGUUUUGGCAGUGGUGCCGGCUUUGGCAGUGGUGCCGGCUUUGGCGGAGGUGGUUUUGGUGGUAGUUCUGGCUUCGGAGGUGGAGCAGGAGGAAUGAUAGUGCCUGCUACAAUCACAAAUGUCCAAGUCAACCCAAGCUUGUUGGCUCCUCUGAACCUUGAGAUUGACCCCAACAUCCAGACAGUCCGCACCCAGGAAAAAGAGCAGAUCAAGACCCUCAACAACCGCUUCGCCAGCUUCAUUGACAAGGUCCGCUUCCUAGAGCAGCAAAACAAAAUGCUGGAGACCAAAUGGAGCCUGCUGCAAGAUCAGACCACAACACGCUCCAACAUUGAUGCAAUGUUCGAGGCCUACAUCGCCAACCUGCGCAGACAGUUGGACGGGCUUGGCAACGAGAAGAUGAAGCUGGAGGGAGAGCUGAAGAACAUGCAGGGAAUGGUGGAGGACUUCAAGAACAAAUAUGAAGAUGAAAUCAACAAGCGUGCAGCUGUGGAGAAUGAGUUUGUGCUCCUCAAGAAGGAUGUAGAUGGUGCCUACAUGAACAAAGUUGAGCUGGAGGCAAAGGUUGACGCCCUUCAGGAUGAGAUCAACUUCCUCAGAGCUGUCUUUGAUGCUGAACUGCGUGAACUCCAGGGACAGAUCAAGGACACUUCCGUCAUUGUGGAGAUGGACAACAGCCGCAACCUCGACAUGGACGCCAUUGUGGCUGAAGUCAAGGCACAGUAUGAGGAGAUUGCCAACAACAGCAGGGCUGAGGCUGAGAAGUGGUACCAACAGAAGUUCCAGGAGAUGCAGACCUCCGCAUCACAGGCUGGAGAUGACCUUCGCAACACCAAGAGCGAGAUUGCUGAGCUCAACCGCAUGAUUAGCCGCCUCCAGAACGAGAUUGAGGCAGUCAAAGCACAGCGCGCCAACCUCGAGGCCCAGAUCGCUGAGGCCGAGGAGCGCGGAGAGCUGGCUGUGAAGGACGCCAAGGCACGCAUCAAGGACCUGGAAGAGGCCCUGCAGAGAGCCAAACAGGACAUGGCUCGCCAGGUCCGCGAGUACCAAGAGCUCAUGAACGUCAAGUUGGCUCUGGACAUUGAGAUCGCCACCUACAAGAAGCUUCUGGAAGGAGAGGAAUCCAGAAUUGGCACUGGAGGUGGAAACGCCACCAUCCAUGUACAGUCCUCAACCACCAGCUUCGGUGGCAGCUCAGGAGGUGGCAUGGGAGGAGGCAUGGGAGGAGGCUUCGGAGGAGGCAUGGGUGGAGGCAUGGGCGGAGGCAUGGGCGGAGGCAUGGGCGGCGGCUUUGGCAGUGGUUAUGGCAGCGGAAUUGGCGGCGGAAUCGGCGGAGGUUACGGCGGAGGUUACGGCAGCGGCUCGAGCUCCAUGAGCGCAAGGAGCAGCAGCUCCCUCCUCUCAUCAGGACGCCGUUAUUAAAUGUCCUUCUCUUCCUUGUUCUUCCCCUUUUCUGCUCCUCCUCUCUCCAACCACCACCCACCACACCAAACCUGCACCUUUGAUCGCAGACACAGAGAUGCCUCGGGAAUAUUGUUUAGUUGAUCACCUACAGCUGACAUUUCCAUGUAGGGUCAGAGAUUACAUCCAAAUAAGCAGAGGCAGACAAAUGUUAAAGCAAAGAUAACGAGCCACAGAGACACGAGUCAGUCCAGUCUUCUUUUCAUCAGUCAGCCCGGCUGUCUUUAUGUUGCUGGAUGUGUUGUUGUACAGACGGAGAGAAUAACGUAAAGAAAAACGUUCUUGUAGUGCUACAACAAAGAGUCCUCACAAAGCAACAGUCACUGCACAAACAGGUGAGCACAGGGAGACAGUUUAGGCGAAGUGCAUGUAUUUUCAGUCUUAAACAUGACAGGCACUUGUGCAGAGGCACACCUCUGACUUCUCCUUCAUGCAGUUUCACUUCACACGUCAUUUCGUGCAGUUUAACAUCUGGCAAAGCAGCCACACUUCACACACGAGUGCUUCUUUUAUUCCUUUGUAUGUUCUAAGAAAAAAUGAUCUCUCCUCUGUCCAAAAUAACGGUGUUUGAUCAUGCUUUGUUUCCAUUUCUACUUAGACCAACAACAGUACAAACAGGAUGUAUAAGGCUGACUACCAGAUUUAUUGUGAAUUGUACCAUCAAAACAUCUGGAAUAAAUCUGUGUUAAAAUUCA